AAUCUGUUGAAUGGAUUUCGACACCAGUGGUUUCGGAUCGAUGAGAGAUCUGGCGUCUUUUACCUUAACAAGACACUGGAGGAGAGUGAUCUCCAACUGCUGGGUAACAUGGGUGGACCUGAAUUGUAUAAGAUCACGCUCCACAUCUUUGCUGCUCCUGAACCCCGUAGGGAGAAGGAGUGUAAGGCCCAAGUGAUAGUUAUUGUGGUGAAUAAAAGCCCACCCCCAUGUGCCAACAUCACAGCGGAAGACCUCUGCUUUGGGGAAGUGGACUCGAAGGUUCAAAUUAUCGAGAACACAUACCCUGGCACGUUCUUUCAAAUGGACUCCUUGCCAAACCAGUACCAAUGCCAAUUUGCCAACAUCUCAUAUCAACUAAUAGCAGGUGGUUCCGUUCCAUUCAGGAUUAAUGAGGAGACAUCCGAGAUCAGUGUGGAAAAGCCGCUGGACAGGGAACAGAGGGAGACGUACGAAAUGAUUGUCAGAUGCACCUUGUGGACACCUGUGCAAGUGACACAGGUUGGGAGGUCCUUGCAUGUGACUGUCCUUGACAAAGGUGACAAUGCUCCAUACCUCCCUGAUGGCAACGACACAGCUGAGGCUUUUAUUGAGUUCAACAGGAAAGAGAACACGGUGGUGGUGUCUCUCUCAGUGUAUGACACAGACAGCACCACCAAGUACACAGCUACAGUGAUGAGAAAUGACACUUGGAUCACAGACAACUUCAGAGUGAAGGCUACGCCGCUGGAGACACCUGCCAGCACCAAGAGCCCUGCUCGAGGGACGGUAAACAAAUAUGAGUUAAUCCUGAAGAAAAACCUAUCAAUCUCUGAGAACCGGUCAUUUAGUUUGGAUGUCCUGGUCCAUGAUAUAGAAUACAGUGGCCCAAACAGCUCAGUGAUGCUCCAUUUCAACGUCACCAUCCGCCCAAUCAUUAUCGAGUUCACUGAGAAAGUGUUCCAUUUCUCACUAAGCAGGAAUGCCGGACGAUCCGCAAAGAUUGGAAGGAUUUGCAUCGCAAACUGCCACAACUUUCAAGCAUUAAAUAUAACCUACACACUGGUGCCCCUAAUUCAGACUGAGGAGAAUGCCACUCAUCCAGAAAGAAACUGUUCUUCCAUCAUGGGGGUCCUGAAGAGAGCUGAGGAUAUAUUCGGAUUCCUGUACAUCAAUGAUGUGAAAAUGUUGCGAACAGGCUCCUGCAGCAGGCUUCACUAUAUUAUCAUUGCCAACGAGUAUUUGAGCAAAGAGGUGGCUAAGGCUAGCAUAAUUGUCACGCUCGAAGGCUCUUACACAGACAGAAAUAACAAUUGUCCCAAAAUCUGUGCGACAAACAGGCAACGCGCUGAAUGUGAGGAAUGUGGCGGUCUUGGCACAUUGACCGGGAAAUGUCAGUGGCGACAGGGCUUUGAGAAGGGUAUAUCAAAAAAUUACUCCACUUGCUCGUCGGACCUCUCCAGCUGCCCUGAUGGAUACUGCGAUGUUGUGGAGAAGAAGAAAAGCACCUGUCCCCAAGAUUGCAUUGAAUGGGACAAGGUUGUCGGCGGAUUUGAACCUGGAGAGCUGGGAGGAAUUAAAGGAGGUUUUGGAACAUGCAUCUGCUAUUCUGAUAACAAAUGUGUUUGCCAAAAGGAUGACAUUGUUGAGCUGGUUUGCGAUGAUCUGUGUAAAACCAUAAUUGCAGCAGCAGUGCUGCUGUCCUUCAUCCUGUCUGUGCUGCUCUCUUCCUAUUUCAUCCACCGCUACCACAAGAACACUCCCAAGCCUCCCAUUGCCUCAGCUGAAAUGACCUUCAGGAGGCCUGCUCAGGCUUAUCCCAUCAGCUACUCCUCGAACAACAUUCGGAGACCUUCCAUGGACUCGGUGGAAAAUCAAGUGGCAGUGGAUUCUUUCAAGAUACCAGAGGAUCCCAAGUGGGAAUUCCCGAGGAAGAACCUGGUCCUGGGUAAGACCCUUGGGGAAGGAGAAUUUGGGAAAGUGGUGAAGGCAACAGCAUUCAGGCUCAAGGGCAAAGCUGGAUACACCACUGUGGCAGUCAAGAUGCUGAAAGAAAACGCGUCUCAGAGUGAGCUACGGGACCUCUUAUCUGAGUUCAAUCUGCUGAAACAAGUCAGUCACCCCCAUAUUAUCAAGCUGUAUGGAGCCUGCUGCCAAGAUGGGCCUUUGUAUCUCAUCGUGGAAUAUGCCAAAUACGGAUCUCUGAGGAGCUUCCUAAGGGAAAGUCGCAAGGUCGGCCCUAGUUACUUGGGUGAAGGCAAUCGAAAUUCCAGUUACUUGGAUAAUCCGGAUGAGCGAGCCCUCACCAUGGGAGACUUGAUAUCCUUUGCCUGGCAGAUCUCCCGUGGCAUGCAGUACCUGGCUGAAAUGAAGCUGGUCCAUCGUGAUCUGGCAGCACGGAAUGUUCUAGUCGCCGAGGGACGUAAGAUGAAGAUCUCCGAUUUUGGGCUCUCCAGGGAUGUGUACGAGGAGGACUCUUAUGUAAAAAGAAGCAAGGGUCGGAUUCCCGUCAAAUGGAUGGCAAUUGAGUCUUUGUUUGAUCACAUCUACACCUCGCAAAGUGAUGUGUGGUCCUUUGGCAUUCUCCUUUGGGAAAUCGUGACACUGGGUGGAAAUCCAUACCCUGGAAUUGCCCCGGAACGCCUCUUCAAUCUCCUGAAAACUGGAUACCGGAUGGAGAGACCGGAAAACUGCAGUGAGGAAAUGUACAACUUGAUGCUGCGAUGUUGGAAACAGGAGCCAGACAAACGGCCUACGUUCACAGAAAUCAGCAAAGAGCUGGAGAAAAUGAUGGUGAAGAGUCGGGACUACUUGGACCUUGCAGCCUCCACGCCAUCAGACUCCCUGCUCUAUGAUGAUGGAGUGGCAGAAGAAGAGACGCCAUUGGUAGACUGUAAUAAUGCUCCCCUCCCUCGGUCCCUCCCCUCCACAUGGAUUGAAAACAAACUCUACGGUAGAAUUUCACAUGCAUUUACUAGAUUCUAAGCUCAUUUUCAGACACACUGCUGCAGCUGAUGACCUUGUUUACACAGAACGCCUCCAAGAUUCGGCGACAGAGGGUUCACCCAAACCUACAAACACUCCUCCAAGUGCCCUGGAUUCAUUGAAUUCAGGCACAGUGCAUGCAUAGUGGAGCCCCAUCCCCUUCCUCAUAAUGUACAUUUAGUUAUGGAAAGCCUGGGUUAUAUUGAUACAAUGUCAUUAGAGUAUCCUGUGCAUUUUCCCUGUUGCUUCCUGGCAGGCAUCAAAAAACUUUUAAACAUCUUUUGCAAGCACUGUCACCUCUCUCUCUCUAAAUAUGUUUAUAUAUGUGUGUAUAUAAUGUGUUAUUGAUAGAAAAUCUUGUCAAUUAACUGCAAACCUCUUAGUAAACCCAUAAUCACAAUAUCCUUUUAUGUCAUAAUUGGUGAACAUUUCCAUUGGUAGGAAUCUCUGUCUGAAUAGGAACGGGUGCAUGGGCAUGUGGGUACACAC